AUGAAGUUCCCGACACUGGAUCAUCGCAUGGGUGCUUUACUUAGGAUGAUCCUCUUCCUAUCAUUAGUCAUAACCACAAAUUCAUCGUCGAGAUACAAGGGAAUUGGAUGGAACAAAGUCGCGGUAGUGCCAUAUCCACCAACAAAGAGUACUAUUUACAGUUGUAAUGGUAGAAUUGGCGACUGUAUAGAUCAAUCAGAAGAAAUGAUGUUGGAUUCCGAGGCCAGUAAAAAUGUGCUAGCUCUAGAACAGAAGUUUAUUGUGUAUAAGUUUUUCGAUAAGGAACAUGUACCUUGCAGUCAACGUGGCCAGUCCUAUUAUAGUUGCCAUACCUUCAAGCAGCGGAAUUCUCGAGUGUGA